AUGGACAUGCGUUCACAAUGUGGGCAUGAGACAUCCACGAACGCCGUCUCAGCAUGCUUACGGCCCAGACAGGGUUUUUCUCCGUUCAAACGAAGGCAGGAAGAGAAGGGUUUUUCUCCGUUCAAACGAAGGCAGGAAGAGAAGUCGACAUUAGCUUACAACUGGUAUGCCCAAAACGCUCUGGAUGGGUUGAGCUCCAUCUGUACUCAUACAGAUACACAGAGUGACCCGUGGUGGAAGCUGGACCUGAUGAAGACGUACAGCGUGAACAAAGUGACCAUCACUAACAGACUCGACUGCUGUAGCACCAGGAUUAACGGGGCAGAGAUUCGGAUUGGAAACAAUUCUUUAGAUGUUUUCAGCAACCAAGUAUGUGCUGUAGUUUCUUCUAUUCCAGCAGGAGCUACCUACAGCUACUCGUGUCGUGGGAUGGAGGGACGUUAUGUUAUUGUGAAUAUUCCUGGAACUUCAAAGAUUCUUACUCUCUGUGAAGUGGGAGUCUAUGUGAUUUUUCCAGGUAAUUUGGCAACAGGAAGAACCAUCACACAGUCAUCAACCAUUGGCACCUGGCUUGGUCAACAAGCCAUUGAUUUCAAUCCAGGUUUCAUACAACCAUCGUCAUCGUGUUCCUCAACCGAUAUUCAGACUAACCCAUGGUGGAGAGUGGAUCUGCGUUAUAUUUACAGAGUAAGUAGAGUCGUCAUCACAAACAGACUAGACUGCUGUCCAGAACGAAUAAACGGAGCGGAGAUUCGCAUCGGAAACUCUUUGGAGAACAACGGCAACAACAAUCCCAUAUGUGCUGUAAUUUCUAGCAUUCCAGCUGGUGUUUCCUCCACCUACACAUGUAACAAUAUGGAUGGUCGAUAUGUGAGUCUGUUCAUUCCUGGAGAUUCAACGAUUCUUACUCUGUGUGAGGUGGAGGUCUAUGGAGAAGGUCCUGUACUGAAGAAAACCUUUGUGAAGAUGAAACUGAAAUCCAGUUCGAGUCUGUCUGAAACUGAAAUGAGAGUCCAGCUCCUGUCACAGCUUCAGUCUGCUUUGGUGGAACGAGGGUUUUCUGACAUGACGCUGCAGUGGUCUCAACCACCCAAAAAGGAAGCGAUGCAGAAGGUAGCUUCACCAGCUCAAUGUGCUGUAAGAAAGAGAUGAUGAUGAUGAUUAUGGGGAAACCCAAACUUCG